GGGACGGAGUGAGUGAGUGAGUGAGUGAGUGGAAGCCAUAUGGUUACAGAUCAUAGAAAUCUCUCCCAGACGCGGGACAUAUGUCCGAGAAAAGCGAGCCGGGGACGAAGAAAUGGUCAUUUGUCGGGCUGAAGCGGCGAGUCUGGCUGGGCUGACGGCGCAGAGUUUGAGAGAGUGACUGUGAAAAGUGGGAAACCGGAUUAGCGCUGGAGAGAAAGGGCAGCGCAGCGGAGCCUAAUCAUCUUUUUUUGCCCCGCAUUUACUGCCCAAAGAAAGCUGAAGGGGGGCGAAAACGCUGCUUUCUGGCGAACUACGAGCCCAUGACAGCCCGGAGAGAGCGGGAACCUCUCUGUCUUCUAGUAACAUCGUAAUUUUACCACAUUUUUCUCGUGUUUUUACCUCACGUUCAGUAUCGACUAGCUAACGUUACUUCAACAAGCAGGCAAAGCUAGUCGGUGUUUGCUAAUUAGGUCUAGCUGUUAUUAAGAUGCUCCGUCUCAUGAAUUCGGGACUUUGCCUCUUUGUUGACUGAAUUAGCCGUUCUAUCUUCUUGUUUCGGGACAGAAAUCAGGACUGACCGUCUGAAUUUGAGUGGUUUUCGUCCAGACACGGCGGAGGAGCUGCUGGCUACUUUCUGAAGCCAACGGCUCUUGGCAGACCAACGGCCAACGGUCACUUCGGACUAUUCUCAGCAACACGGAGAAUAAUUAGCCUCGUUUUCCUAAAUCUUCCUCUUGCUGACAGAAUUUCACGAAGAUGUCGGCCAAAGAACCGAAAGAAAAACAGUCGACCACUGAACGUAUCGUUAAAUCGGUGCCCCUGCCCCCUCAUCAGCGGCUGACCGUGAAAGACCUAUUCGUGGAUGGCAAGCCCAACACGGAGCUGCUAAAGAGCCACUUGGUGAAAGAGGGCCGUGUGGAGGAGGACGUUGCUCUUCGCAUCAUCAACGAGGGCGCCAACAUCCUGCGGCAGGAGAAAUGCAUGCUGGAAGUGGAGGCGCCCAUCACAGUAUGCGGUGACGUCCACGGGCAGUUCUUUGACCUCAUGAAGCUUUUCGAGGUGGGAGGAUCACCUGAUAAUACGCGAUACCUGUUCCUGGGAGACUACGUAGACAGAGGUUACUUCAGUAUUGAGUGUGUGUUGUUCCUAUGGUCCCUGAAGAUCAACCAUCCCACCACCCUCUUCCUCCUCAGAGGCAACCACGAGUGCCGGCACCUCACAGAGUACUUCACCUUCAAACAAGAAUGUAAAAUAAAGUACUCGGAGCGGGUGUAUGACGCAUGUAUGGAGGCGUUUGACUGUUUGCCUCUCGCUGCUCUCCUCAACCAACAGUUCCUCUGCGUCCACGGAGGCCUCUCACCAGAAAUCAACUGCUUAGAUGACAUUAGGAAAUUAGACAGAUUUAAAGAGCCUCCAGCUUUCGGCCCGAUGUGCGACCUGAUCUGGGCAGACCCAGGCGAGGACUACGGCAGCGAGAAGACGUCAGAGUUCUUUAACCACAACUCUGUCCGAGGCUGCUCCUACUUCUUCAGUUAUCCUGCUGUCUGCGACUUUUUGACAAAUAACAACCUACUGUCUGUAAUAAGAGCACACGAAGCCCAGGAUGCAGGGUACAGGAUGUACAGGAAAAGCCAGACGACGGGCUUCCCCUCGUUAAUCACCAUUUUCUCAGCCCCUAAUUACCUAGACGUGUACAACAACAAAGCCGCCGUGUUGAAGUAUGAAAACAACGUCAUGAACAUCAGACAGUUCAACUGUUCCCCCCAUCCGUACUGGCUGCCCAACUUCAUGGACGUGUUUACGUGGUCCUUGCCUUUUGUCGGAGAGAAAGUGACGGAGAUGCUGGUAAACGUGCUCAACAUCUGCUCUGAUGACGAACUCAUGUCCGAGGGAGAUGACCUGUGUGAAGGUGGAGCACCAGCAGCACGCAAAGAGGUGAUCAGGAAUAAGAUUCGUGCCAUUGGGAAGAUGGCCAGAGUGUUCUCCGUGCUCAGGGAGGAAAGCGAGAGCGUUCUGACCCUUAAAGGAUUGACCCCGACUGGGACGCUGCCUCUGGGAGUGCUGUCUGGCGGCAAGCAGACCUUACAGAACGCCACAGUCUUAGCAAAGGAGGGCAAAGGCUUCUCCCCCACGAGGAAGAUCCGUAACUUUGAGGAGGCACGGGGCCUGGACCGGAUAAACGAGAGGAUGCCCCCACGGAAGGAUGGCCAACAGCCUCCGGGCACGACAGUCAACGAAAAGAACGGCACGGAGACCGGAAAGGCGUAAUGGGGACCACUCCUGGCCCCACCAUCCCUCCAUCGCAGUGUUCUCUCUCUCUCUCUCUCUCUCCUCUCCCUACCCAUGCUCUCCUCUAGAGACAGAACCCUCCCCUGCCCUCCACAGCAGGGGAGGGCCCAGGACAUGCGGAGAGACCCGACGCCACAAGCCCAGAGAGAGAGAAAUACAAGUACAACCAUGAGAGUUUUAUUUAUUAAAAUGAAACGUAUUAGUUGUGUGUGCUAGCAGUGUUUUAAAACAUGAACGAACUUUUAAAAACAUGCCCCCACUCCAGAAGCGAAAAUUCAUGGUGUGUCAACUGUCAAACUACAAGAGGCCUGAUGGCCCAGAAGUAAUGUCAUACAUCUCGCGGUGCUUGGAAAGGGAUCACGUGACUCCAAAUACUGAUGUGUCUGAUCAUUUAUGUACAUUCGUAAGGCAUUUGCUGAGUGGAACCUAAAGGGAAAUAAGUCAAGGGACGCCACCGAGAAGGAGUCUAUAUAUUCAGAUCUAUAGUGAAAACAAUGAAAUAUUUUUUUUCUGUGUUUUUUUUUCCAAGUAAGAAUGGAAAUCCAUAACUGCAGCUGUUUUUGGUUCGGCUAGUUUGCACUCACAGUAAGAAACAGCGCUCGCAUGUGUAGUCUUCGUAACCUGCUGCUUGGAUGUGACCUGUCAAAGAAGCCAUAACAACAAGUGGCAUUUACGGCUUAUGUUAGAUUAUGACUUGUAAAACUUGCCUGAGGUUUUAUAUUUGCAGUCAUAAACUGACAUGAACUAUCGCAAGAAAAGUUACGACCUUUUACAGCAAGUCCGUAUGUAACAUUGUUUAUCGCCUAGAUUUCUUAAACUCCACCGUCAUUUUGCUAUCCGUUAAAGAAGGGAUGGAAGGGGCUUGAGUUUGUGCGGUACACCCGGAUCCUGCUGGAUCUUUAGUCAGUAACAGUGUAAAUGUAUACAUCUAACUUAAGCACUUGGACAGUUGGAGGCAGCUGAAAGUCGGCUAGCUCCGACUUGGCUCGGAAAACCAAAGGAAGGUAUGAAUUUUGUUUUGUACUGUGAAGAAUGGGCUACAACAACUCUGGGUGCAUUCUUAGUCCUGCAUCCACUCGAGUGAAUUCAUACAAUCCUUGUUGUAGUUUAUAUAAAUAUAUAGUGAAAGGACUGUACCAAAUGUUGAAAUUGUUGUAGGAGUGGCCAAACUCUAGGCUGAAAUCUGCACAGUAUAUACUGAGCUUGAAACAUUAACAUAGCAAGUUGAACCUUCUUAUAAGUGUCACAAAGUGUAUUUUACCUGCUGGGUCUGUAACACUACACCACAUAUUUGUUGGCGCUUAGGUGAGGUUGUGGCUCCCUCUGCUGGAGAGCUGAAUAAUCAAAGACCUGUUUCACAUUUGAUUCAGACGACAAAGGGAAACAGCAUUAAGACUGAUGUUCUAAGUGUUUUGGAGAGUUUCUUUCGUUUUAGGCUUUUAAGUGUAUUGGGGGUUUAUGAUAAUGAAGAAAAUGAUGACGAUGUGGAAGUAGCACAAGAAGAUGCUGAUGAUAUGCACAAGAGAUACUACCAUUAGUGACUGAAAUUUUGGGGUAUUAAAGGAAAAAAAAAACGAAAAAAGACACUAUUGAGUAAAAAAGGAUUUUUUUUUUAGAAUAUUUUAAAUGCUAUUGUUGAAUAACAAUGUUGAUGGUACUGUUUCUUACUCACUUUUGUGAUGCCUACUGUUGUGCUCUAUAUGGAAUAUGUACGAAUGUUUCACAGUUUGAACUGAAUUACCGGACCAGUCCUUAAAGCGGGGAAAAUGGCUGACCAGUUUGUUUAUCUUCUUAUUCCAAUGACACGACCUGUUCAAAGGUGCUCAUUUGAAGCCCUAAGUUGUUAGCUUCUUUAGUCGAAGUAUUGUUUUUUAAAGCAGAAAGGGAAUGAUUAUGUCCAUUUCUUUGCUACAGGUCAGAAUUGGUGUGUCAGUCUAUGGCUACUUGGUCAAUGCCAGUAGAUAGAGGGCAGUAGUUAGGGCGAGUAGGGGCCCGUCUUACAAAGCAUGGCUAAAUUUCGGCCUCACAAAAUCUAAAAAAUGCAACCACAGUGAACUCUUUCAACAACUGUCCCUGUUAACCCAGGGUUAGAUGCUCAAGCUACGCUUAGUCAUUGUAUAUGUGCACAUAAAAACGUGAUAAAUAACUAGUCGAGCAGCUUAUUUUUCAAAAAGGGAAAAAGAAAUUAUACUUUAUAUUCUCGAUGUCUACUACAAUUUGUUAUUGUUCAUGUGAUUGAUGCCACAUCAUAAAAAUGACCUGAUAAUGUCCACCUCCAUCAGAAGGCUGUCCUUGAUUGGUCAGAAUCUUGGCCUGAUUGGUCCUUGAGCUUCAUGAUCCAAAAUCCCAAAGUUACCCUGCUCUGGAGCAGAAGACGGUGAUGUAACCCAGUUAAAGUGGUCCACCAUAUUUAAACAUCCAGUGUUAGGUCAAACCGAGCUUAAAGUUAGCUGGCUAAGCUUGAAACCAUUCUUCAUGAGACGGGCCCCGUUCCUCGAACAGCAAGCAUUAAAUAACAUCCCCACUUUGUUUAACCCGGUUCUAACCCCAAACAUCUCACUUCUCACUUCAUCGACAGUCUUUUCUUAGCAAAGAAUGAAGACUAAUUGGAAUCAGGUGUUGUGCUGCAGGGUCGGAACAAACACCUGACACUAUGACCCUUGAUGGAUUUGUUUGGGUACACUGCACUGAACAUUUCAGAGGUUUGCAGUAUCAUGCUCCCCAGGAUUGGACUACACUAGAAGCUAUGUAGGGGCCGAGGGCUUGUAGCAUCCCUGAUUUUUUGCUUGAUUUGCAGGAGUGUGUUUAUUUGAAUGACUGUAUUGAAUCUGUUCUGCUCUGUAACACUGGCUCAUUCCUCACUAUAUGUGCAAGGGAGAAGCUUUAGCAAUGUUUUAAAGGGGUAAGUAAGGUGACGCAGUGGCUGGAUGGAUCCCACACUAUGACCAGAAAUACGCUUUAUAAAUAGUCUUACACACUCCGAUUAAAGUUUUAACGGAUGGAUGCAACCUUCUGUCGAGUACUUGUAAUGCAAGGCCACCAUUUAAUUCUUGGUUUUAUGUAGAUGUAUCACUUGAGAAAAAAGAGAAAUAAAAUGGAAUCCAGAAGACA